GGAUAUAAGUAAUGGUUUUCAGUUUUUUCGAUUGAGUUUAGAUGAGGAUUUAACAGUAUAUAUGCUGUACCUACUCAUAUAAAUACAUAAACAUAUUAUAUAUAUGCAUACAUAGUUACGUACAGUUUUGGGGAGUAAACAUGGUUAGCGGAAAGUUGUUCCACUGUCGAAAGAACUCAUGGCCUCCUGAAGAAUACAUCAACCGUACAACUUUACAGCUGCUUGAUUCAGAUAGUGCCUCUCCACCAUCCCAGGCCUGGAGAAGGAAACUAAAUACCCAUGCCAGUAUUCUUAAAGAAUUUAGUAUUACUUUUACUGAAGCAAUAAAAAUGAUUCGACUUGGUAUACGUUUGUGGUCAUAUGUAAGAGAAGAGGCCUCCCAUGGAAGGAAAGCACCAAUUGAUCCUUUUACUCGAGAACGUUGUCGGCCAUCAGCUGCACUGGGUGCUCCACUGGGAGGCAUGGGGAGUGGAAGCAUAUCUAGAGGUUUUAGAGGCGAGUUUAGGCAUUUUCAAAUUCUUCCUGCAGAAUGUGAGACUCCUCCAGUCAUGGCCAAUCAAUUUUCAAUUUUCAUCUCUCGAGAUGGAGGCAACAAGAAGUAUGCAUCUGUUCUAUCACCCGGCGUCCACGAAGGUUUAGGGAAGCAUUGUGAUCAUGGUAUAUCUUCAUGGGGAUGGAAUCUGAGUGGCCAGCACUCCACUUACCACGCAUUGUUUCCUAGGACUUGGACCAUCUAUGAUGGCGAACCAGAUCCUGAACUUAAAGUGUCUUGUCGGCAGGUUUCACCAUUUAUUCCCCACAAUUACAGAGAGAGCAGUCUUCCUACAGCUGUUUUCGUUUAUACUUUGGUGAACACUGGGAGGGAAAGGGCAAAAGUCAGCCUCCUUUUUACGUGGGCGAAUUCAGUUGGUGGUGUCUCCCACUUGUCAGGAGAUCACGUUAAUGAGCCAUUUCUGGGUGAAGAUGGAGUCUCUGGUAUACUUCUACAUCACAAGACCGCGAAAGACAAUCCUCCCGUCACAUUUGCAAUUGCUGCAUGUGAGACUCAGAAUGUUAGCGUUACUGCGCUACCAUGUUUUGGUUUAACUGAAGGAAGUCGCAUAACCGCUAAAGAUAUGUGGGGUAAAAUGGAAAAGGAUGGGCAUUUUGAUCGAGAGAAUUUCAACAAGGGUCCAAGUAUGCCAUCAUCACCUUGUGAGACACACUGUGCUGCAGUUUCUGCUUCUACCUGGGUUGAACCCCACGGGAAACGCACUGUUGCAUUUGCUCUUGCAUGGUCGUCUCCUCAAGUAAAAUUUAUGAAGGGAAAGUCAUAUUUUAGGAGGUACACAAAAUACUACGGCACCUCUGAGAAGGCUGCUAAAGAUAUAGUGCAUGAUGCAUUGACAAAUUAUAAGCUGUGGGAAGAAGAGAUUGAGAAAUGGCAGCGUCCAGUACUUAAUGAUGAAAAGCUUCCAGAAUGGUACAAAUUUACACUGUUUAAUGAGCUAUACUUUUUGGUUGCUGGUGGGACUGUAUGGAUUGAUUCACAGGAUAGUCAAUUUAUGCAAGGACCUGCGGAGAGCAACAAAUUAAAUGUAAAUGAAACAGAAGAUACGACUCAUGCCCACCUUGAAAAAACUAGUUUUAAUGGUUGUGAAAAUGGUAAUGGUUUUGCCAAUUCCUCUAGUAGGUGGUUGGGGCCAGGACCUGUUAAUAGUGAGGAUGUUGGUAGGUUUCUGUACUUGGAAGGUAUAGAAUAUAUUAUGUGGUGCACUUAUGAUGUUCACUUCUAUGCAUCAUUUGCCCUUCUUGCACUGUUUCCAAAAAUUGAACUCAGUAUACAGCGUGAGUUUGCAAGAGCUGUCCUAUGUGAAGAUGGAAGAAAAGUUCGGUUCUUAGCAGAGGGAAAUAGUGGAAUUCGAAAGGCCAAAGGAGCUGUACCGCAUGAUCUUGGAACCCAUGACCCGUGGCAUGAAAUGAAUGCAUACAACAUACAUGAUACAAGUAAAUGGAAGGAUCUGAAUCCAAAGUUUGUGCUUCAGGUGUAUAGAGACUUUGCUGCAACAGGAGACUAUUCUUUUGCAACUGAUGUUUGGCCUUCUGUAUGUGCUGCAAUUGAAUACAUGGAUCAAUUUGAUCGGGAUAAUGAUGGCCUUAUAGAAAAUGAUGGGUUUCCAGAUCAAACAUAUGAUGCUUGGACGGUUCAUGGAAUAAGUGCUUACUGCGGUUGCCUAUGGCUUGCUGCACUUCAAGCUGCUGCGUCAAUGGCCUUGCAACUUGGUGACAUAGCCUUUGCAGAAAAGUGCAAAAGCAAAUUUGUAGAAGCUAAGUCAGCCUUUGAAACCAAGCUGUGGAAUGGCUCUUACUUCAACUAUGACAGUGGGUCAAGUAGUAAUAGCAAGUCAAUUCAAGCUGAUCAACUAGCAGGACAGUGGUAUAUGGCAUCUUCAGGUUUGCCUGAUCUUUUUGACUAUGCAAAAAUCCAAAGCACCCUCCAAAAAAUAUACGACUAUAAUGUCAUGAAAGUUCAAGGAGGGAGGAUGGGUGCAGUAAACGGAAUGCACCCUAAUGGCAAGGUGGAUGAGACUUGCAUGCAGUCCCGUGAAAUUUGGACUGGAGUCACCUAUGGUGUUGCUGCCACCAUGAUUCUUGCUGGGAUGGAGGAGCAGGCCUUCACAACUGCUGAAGGUAUAUUUAUUGCAGGCUGGUCUGAGGAGGGCUUUGGAUACUCGUUUCAAACUCCAGAAGGAUGGACUAUGGAUGGCCACUUCAGAUCUUUGGGAUAUAUGAGGCCACUUUCUAUUUGGGGCAUGCAGUGGGCACUAUCGAUGCCCAAAGCUAUCCUGGAAGGACCUAGGAUCAAUAUGAUGGACGGAGUACAAAUAUCACCUCACGGUUCAAAACCUUCUCGUGAUUCGGGCGUUAGAAAAAGAACAAGCAAAGCAAAGUGCUUUGGGAAAUCUGUGUUCCAUUGUGCUUGCUGACUGCUGAGUCUGACCAUUUAUUCUUAUAAAUCUCUGUAAAGUUUUGAUCCAAGUUUCCCUUUUUUCGUCAAACCUUUCCCAUAAAAAGAGAAUGUUUUCCCGCCCGGUAGAGAAGCAAACUGCGACAAAAGAAGCAAUCUGUCGCAGAUGUAAUUUUAGUAUCGUUGUAACAGAAUCUAAGUCUUAAUUUCAACCACCCGCAGUUUUCUCUCCCUUGUUUCAAUAAUGGAAUUAUCCAUAACAGCAUAACCCAUACAUGAUACACCCUUGUUGAGAAAAUCCAUGCACAAUUUCAU